AUGAACCUCAGCUCGCUGCUGAACCUUCCGUCUCGCGAGGGCGGAUUCCUCAGCCGCGUCGUCGAGAGCCCGCAGACCUCCCCCGGGGCGGCAAACCCCGCCUCCCCCGGCGCCGCACCCGCAGAUCCCCCAAACUCCCCGGGUCGGCAUCAGCGCGCCCCAAACACAGGCGAGCUCAGGGCGUACGUGUGCGACCACAGCACCGCCCCGCCCGCGCACCAGUACAUAACCACCGACAAGACCAACAUCCUCAUACGGACCCUCACCCAGAGGAGAAGUAAGGACGCGCUCGCCGCGAACCCGGCGGCAUCUCAGCAGCAGAAGCUCGGCGUCGCGUCCGCGUCGGGCGCGGGCGCUCGGCCGAGGCUCCCCGCGUUCGGCGCGCGCGCGGAAGCGUCGGGGUCCGAGGGCGCGCGCGCGGAUAACAAGCGAGGCGCGGAAGCGGUGGGCGCGGGAGACGGCGGCGGGGGCGGCGGCGGUGGUGCGAGCGGCGGCGGCGGCGGCGGGCUCGGGAGGCGGGCACCCAGCGGGCUCGAACGCGCGUCGAAGCGACCCGCGAUUGACGCGACGGCGGAGUAUCGAAGGCUCGAAAGCCUCACCGCCGAGCAGCUCAGGGAGUACCUGAGGGGUAAGGGGCAGACGGGCGGGCUGGAGGGCGCGGGACGGGCGGCGCUCCUGUCCCGCGCGAAGCUCGCCGUCGCCGCGAGAGGCGGUCGCUGA